AUGGAUGAAUUUUCCUCCCUAAUAAGUCUGCCGUUUAAGCUGGGAAAUUUGAUUACUGAAGACUCGAUAACUCUUUUUCCCAAGCCAUCCAUGACGAAGCUGCCUCUACUUCCCGCCUUUACCUUUGAGAAUAAAAAUUCCAACUUUAGUAUCCCACUGAGUGGAUUUGUGAAAAUCGAGUCGAAAUUUGAUAAGUCUGAAAAUGGUGAAGAUAAUUUCUUGGUAGGUGUUAAAGAAAGUGGUAGCUGUAUAAUCUUUAGUAAUGCAUUUGACAAGAAAAUCGAGGAAGAUGAUCAAACGGGCCUCAUGAGCCGCCCGUUAGCAGCCAUUGUAGAUUCUCAUUACACAAUGGAUGAUGCUAAAAGUUUUGGAUUUGAAAAGAAUCACUUUGAUGAGAUUGAGAAUGGCACCAUUAAUCGUAACAUCAUCAAGAAAUCGGAUUCGUGGGUGUCGACAAUUUCAUCCGAGGUAGUCGAGGAUCUUUCUGUGGAAAAAACUCGUGAGUCUGUUCCUAAACGAACAUUCUCAGCCUCCUUAGUCGAGGUCUCGCAAGAAAAGGAGAUGAUUAAGCAUAAUCUUUCUCUAAAUGCUCCGCCACUUUGGGGCUCGAUUUCUAUCUGCGGAAGGAGGGCAGAAAUGGAAGAUUCAAUUGUGGCUCUACCGAGAUUUCUCAGCAUCCCUGCUUUUAUGUUGAGCGAAAGACCGGUUUUCACUUCUGUGUGUAAUGAUUUAACGGGCCAUGUUUUCGGUGUUUAUGACGGGCAUGGAGGUUACCAGCAAUGGCUCGAGAUAUUCCGUAACUGUUUUCGGAAAUUGGAUGACGAGGUCGGAGGAUUUUCUCGAGAUAAUGUGGAAAAAAACCUCGAUUUUCCGGUUUUUCCAAUUGCACCGGAUUCUGUGGGGUCCACAGCGGUGGUUGCGAUUGUCUGCAACUCGCAUAUUAUUGUGGCGAAUUGUGGUGAUUCGAGGGCGGUUUUGAACCGGGGCAAAGUGUCUGUGCCGUUGUCAGUUGACCAUAGGCCAAAUAGAGGAGAUGAGUGUGCAAGGAUAGAAGGUCUUGGGGGGAAAGUCAUUAAUUGGGACGGGCAUCGAGUUUCGGGGGUCCUUGCUGUGUCGAGAUCCAUUGGUGAUAGAUACUUGAGGCCUUAUGUGAUUGCUGACCCAGAACUAAUGAUAGUCCCUCGAACAAAAGAAGACGAGUGCCUCAUUCUAGCUAGCGAUGGCCUAUGGGAUGUUAUGACGAAUAACGAGGCUUGUGAUCUGGCCCGAAAGCGGAUUUUACUCUGGCACAAGAAAAACGGGCCUACUCUCCCGAAAGAACGAGGGCACGGUGUUGAUCCCGCGGCCCACGAUGCGGCUGAUUACCUCUCUCGUGUUGGUUUACAAAGGGGGAGCCGAGACAAUAUCUCGGUUGUCGUGGUAGAUUUGAAAGCGCAAAGGAAAUUCAAAAGGAAGAUGUGA